UUAGGAAACCAAAACACAUAUAAAAGAAUGAGAAAACAUAUCUAUCCAUAGCUUUACAUCCUUUUUGAAGAACCUCACAUUCAUCUUGCCUCCCUCUAUCUCUACAAUACAUACUUUUUUAUUUUUUACUUAAACAGAAAAUGGCAUCGCCAGAUUUUGACUCGAUCCCGAUCCUCGAUCUGAACCAAGCCACAACAAACAAGCAGCAGUUCCUCUCCGACCUCCGUCAUGCGCUCAUCCAUGUUGGCUUCUUCUACAUCAAAAACCACUCCAUCCCAGCAACUUUCCUCCAAGCGCUCACCACACAAACCACCGGAUUCUUCGACCUGCCACUUGAAGAAAAACACAAAUCUGACAAAAUCCACUCCCCGACCUUCCUCGGCUACAGCACCCAGGGCAACGAGAUAACAAAAAACAAAAAGGAUAACCGCGAACAAUUCGAUUUCGCCAAUGAGCUGCCAGCACCAGUGCCAAAUGAGCCUGUACAGCGCAUCCACGAGCAUCUCACGGGCCCCAACCUCUGGCCUAGCAAUGAUGUGUUGCCCGGGUUUCGCCAGACCAUUCUUGAAUUCCACCGCCAGGCGCUGGAUCUCUCCUCGGAGCUCAUCAGCCUGGUGGCCGAGGCCCUGGGGCUGCACCCUGGGGCUCUUUUGGACCAGUACGUGGUUCCUGGCCAGCAACACCGGGGGAAGCUGAUAAAGUACCCGGCCAUCGACCAGCUCCACCAAGAUGACGGCGACCAGGGUGUUGGCGCACACAGGGACACAGCCUCCCUCCUGACUAUCCUCUAUCAGGCAUCGAAUCUGCCCGGGCUCCAGGUACAGAACCACGCGGGCCACUGGAUUGACGCCCCCACGGUACCCAACACCUUUGUGGUCAAUAUUGGCACCGGCCUGGAGUACCUUGUGAGGGGCGUUGCUGUGGCGACCACUCAUAGAGUUUUAAAUCCACCAGCGCAUAGAGGCCCAAGAUACUCCGUGGCGUUUUUCCAGGGCGCCAGGCUGGAUCGAAAAUUAAUGCCUGUAGACGGGUUGGCGCCGGAGGUUUUGGAGCCGCGCAAAGUUGACGUGGUGACGGAUUCAGGACAUCAGUUUUCGCAGGUUUAUAGGGAGGACCCCGGGCUUUAUGCCGUGCUGAAUCGUAUUUCGUCGCAUAGGGAUGUGGGCGUCAAGUAUUAUCCGGAGCUGGCCCAAAAGCACGGCAUAACUGUUGGGUCCACUUGAAACAAAAAUAAAUGCAUGUUGCUUUUUUACUUUUAAAUAAAUAAAUAUUAAUACAUUGAUAUAUUGAUUUCGAUUUGUAGCCUAGAAAAAGCACAGAACAAUGUAAUAAAAGCAUAUCAUUUAGGAUUACAAUAAUUAUU